AUGGCUUCCUUUGAGAUCAACGAUUCCGACCUGACGGGCUUCCAGGGCAAGGUUGCCGUUAUUACGGGUGGGUCGUCAGGAAUUGGUCUCGCGACCGUCGAACUACUGGGCUCUCUGGGCGCACUAGUUGUGAGCGGCGACAUCCAGGCACCGCCCGCGGCUCACAAAAACGCCCUCCAUGUGCAGACUGAUGUCAGGCAAUGGGCCGACCUGACGAAGCUUUUCAAGGCUGCCAAGGAAAAGCAUGGCCGAGUUGACUAUGUCUUUGCCAACGCUGGAAUUGGUCCUCGUGCCGACUACCUGGCCCUCGAGGUGGACGAGAAUGGCGAUCCAAAGGAGCCAAACCACGACACGAUCGACAUCAAUCUCGACAGCGUCGUCAAGACCGUGACCCUCGCUACGCACUACAUCAAGGCCCAGCCCGAGGGCGGUGCUAUUGUCAUCAUGGGCUCUAGCACGGGACUGCACCCCGUACGCGCCGUCGAUUACUCCGCGGCCAAGGCCGGAGUCUUGGGUUUCGGCAGAAGUUUCGCGCGUCUAGUAGAGGUGGCUGGUCUGCCUAUUCGCGUUAACACUCUGGCGCCCUCAUGGACGGCUACUCAAGUCCUGCCCGAUCUCAAGGACCUUCUUGCCGCUGUGUCUCAGAGCUGCCAGACUCCUGCAGUAGUAGCCCGUGCGGUUGCUUACUUGAUGGCCAACAAAUCGAGGCAUGGAGAGCUCGUCUUUGUCAAUGACGGCAAGUUCACUGAAAUCGAGAAGACGGUCCUUGCACCGGCCUACGCCUCGAUAAAGGGCGACGGCCUCAGUGACGACGAUGUUUUGGCAAAGAUUAUGGCUUUGGGAUGAAGGAUUGCGUUAUGUAC